AUGCACGAUCAGGUAGCAUAUCUCAACAACAAUUGCGUACCAGCAAUUGCCAUCGGAGAUGUCGAAGAACCGGAUAUCAUACAACAAGUUCAGAAUGGGACUUAUGUCGUUGUAUAUGGUUCUCCUUGGUACCUACUGUCAACAACAACAUGGCGAGGGCUCUUCGAUGUGCCAAGUUUCAAGAAAAUGCUUAUUGGCGUGGCAAUCGACGAAGCUCAUUGCAUUGUACAAUGGGGAUUGCAAGGAGCAAAGAAAGUCCCAUUUAGGAAAUGGCACGGCUGUUUAGGAGAGCUAAACUCGAUGUUCCCAGAAACUCCCAUGAUUAUUUUGACAGCGACAGCAACCAAGUCAACAAGGGAACAGAUCUUAGAUUCACUUCAUUUAUCAUUAAAUGAUAGCAUUAUUAAACAAAGUCCUGAUCGUGCCAACCUUACAUAUGUUUCUAGCUAUCUUGACAAAAAUGAACCACUACAACAUCAAUUUGGAGGUCUUAUAAAAGAAAUACAGAAAAUGGGAAAAGAUACACCAAGAACAAUUAUUUAUUGUCAGACACGGAAGCAGUGUUCCAUUCUAUUCAGAAUGUUUGAAAUAUACCUGAGAGAAAAGAUGUUCAGGGAUGGCUCAAGACUUCCGAGGGACCGGCUGGUGGAGGUGUUCCAUGCAGAAACACCUCAAAGUGUGAAAACUCACAUCGGUGAAAAUAUGGCUGAGGAAAAUGGCCAUUUGAGGGUCUUGAUCUCAACUAUCGCAUUUGAUAUGGGGGUAAACUGCAAACAAGUGCGUAGAAUCAUCCAUUUUGGACCCUCCAAAUCAGAGGAAUUGUGUGUUCAGGAGUGUGGAAGGGCAGGAAGAGAUGGACUUCCUAGUGUGUGUUUUCUCAUGUAUAACGGUUUAUUUCCUUACACUGUGAUGUAGACAUGAAACAGUCUAUGCAACAAGGAUGCCUACGGAAGGCUCUGAUGAGUCAUUUCACCAGUGGGUGCCAAGUGCUGACACCCCUCCACAAGUGCUGCAGUGUCUGUUCUACAAACUGUAAGUGUGGCACCCCUGAUUGCAAUAUGUUUUGGUCUCCACAAUUCUGACAAUGAUAUAUCGAUGCAUCGUGAAGAAUGUGCUUCCCAAACAGAAAUACGCAGCAGGGUUUGGUGCUGAAAUGAAGGAUACCUUGCGGAAUGAACUUUAUGCACUGCAAAGGAAGUUUUUAAAUGAAGUGAAGGUUGGGGAAAUGGUGACAACAUCCUUUUGGAAUUCAAUGCAUUUCACAUAAAUCAAGUACUGGAAAAUUGUAAGAUUUUGUUUUCAAUUGAUAACAUUCUUAGCUCAGUCGAAAUGUGGCGGAAGAUUAUGGUGUUGGCAUUCUAAAGCUUUGCAUAAGGUCUUAGGGGACAUCGACAUUGAUGUGCUGGCUAGCAUGGAGUUCAAUCAUGGAGAACAGAUUACUCUGAAUGGAACCAAAUAAGGAAUGACUCAUCCAUGUUACUUACGCUGGACAGCCAAAAACUGGAUGACUUACAGUCAUUUAUGAGCAGCACAUACUGCGACUAUUUUUACCCCGAACACUCACUUGAUGUUAUGGGCAACCAGAGCAACAAGGGUCUGUUGUGAUUAUGAGAAGUAUUUUUAGAAUAUCCCGCUACAUAGUAGUAUGUGCUGUGUAUAACUGACUCAUCACAAUUCAUUUCUUGCAGUCAAGAGUAUAUAUUUGGUUGAUCAGUUAUUGAAUAUUAUUUAAAUUGUAUUUUUAUUCAUUAUAUAUACAUAUAUAUGUAUAUAUCUUUAUCUAUAACUUGUUUAUAACUUUUUUAUUCAUUAUAUAUACAUAUAUAUGUAUAUAUCUUUAUCUAUAACUUGUUUAUAACUUUUUUUCAUAAGUUACGUAGGGUAAACCCUGGUAAUAUGUAUACGUUCCGGGGUCUGUGAAUGAACUGCAUAACCAACAAUAGAGCAACCCUAGGCAAUAGGUUAUUCCGAGCCCUCAAUUAAACAAUGUCUGGAAAUCCUCUUGCACUAGUCCUGGGAAACUCCAUAUCAACCAAAUCUGGUAUAUCUUAUUGCUUAAUGUCAUAUCUGGAUAACUUAACAAGAGGAGUCCUUGUGCUCCGAAUAUGUAAUAAUCACAACACGAUAGGGCAACCCCAGACAAUAGGGGUAAUCUUGAGGUCCAAAUUAUCAAUGAUAUACACCAAAUCUAGGUAAUCUUUCCAGGAGUCCUCAUGCUCCAAUUAUAUAUUGAUUUUUAAAGUGGAAAUGUAGUCUAUUCAAAUAUGAAAUAGUCGAAAAAACUGAUCAUAUGCGAGGGCUGGUGGAUGAUUUGUUAUUUCUUUAGUUAACCCCUAUCAAUGUCUAUUUCCGUUGAUCUAAAUGGUCAGGUGUCAUUGUAUUUCUUAUAAAACAAAAGAAAAAAUGCUUCCACCUUGAUUAGCAUGUUAAGCUAGCUGCAAGUGGCAAACUAAAAUGUAAAACCUUGAUUCUCAAAUUUUUAUCACCUGACCGUUUUAAGCAAUCGAAAUGGUCACACAAGUUAGCCGGAGCUGUUAAAGUAUCAGGAGCCCUUUUUAUAGCAUUUGAUAAUAUUAAUAAAACUUCAUCAUAUAAGCUUUCAGAAUAUAUAUAUAGUUUGUGGGGGUUCCUAUUUAUACCUGAGACACAGUAAUUGCUUUAAAUAAAGACAUACAAAAGGGCUCCUAAUACCUUAAGACGAUAGAUCGAAAUGCAAAACCUUUUAAUGGUCUGUGGAAGCUGGGAAGUUUAGUGAUUACUGAAUUUGAUUGAUCAUAUAAUAAAGUUGCUUAUCUAGCCUUUUUGUGGAGGACCAUA